AUGGCAGAAGAGCCAAGGAGAGGGACCCUAGAAGACUAUUCAAGUUCAAGUGUACCACAAUUUUUCACUAGCAUUGCACAACCAGAGGUUCAAGCCCAAACAAUCACAUAUCCUCCAUCAUUGAUUCAGCUAAUUCAGAAUAAUCUAUUUCAUGGUUUACCAAAUGAAGACCCAUAUGUGCACCUAGCCACUUACAUUGAAAUCUGCAAUACUAUUAGGCUGGCUGGUGUGCCUGAAGUUGUAGUGUGUGCCAUCUGUGGUGGAGCUCACGAUUCUGGCUGUUGUAUCCCCAAUGAAGAACUAGCUCAUGAAGUCAAUUAUAUGGGGAACCAGCCAAGACACAAUUUCAAUGCAGCUGGAUUCUCUGGAUUCCAGCAUGGCCAACAGUAUAAUCAACAACAGGGACAAUGGAGAAAUCACCCUGUUUCUAUGUCUAACCAGAAGAGCACAGAGUCUGCCAUAAAGAAUUUGGAAGUCCAAGUGGGAGAGCUCGCAAAACAGUUGGCGGAUAGGCCAUCAAGCAACUUUAGUAGUAACACUGAGAAAAAUCCAAAGGAGGAAUGUAAAGUUGUCAUGAAAAGGAACAGAGUGGCAACCCAUGUUGAUGAAGGAAAAGCUGAGAAGAAGGUGGAGGAACAUAAACAACAGCUGGCAGCUGAGCUGACACUUGAACCUGUUUCUGAUUUCGUUGAACUUGAGGAAGAUAAAGAGCGACACUUAGCCAGAUUUCUUGACAUCUUCAAGAAGCUGGAGAUCACAUUGCCUUUUGGAGAAGCUCUCCAACAGAUGCCACUCUAUGCCAAAUUUUUAAAAGACAUGCUGACGAAGAAGAAUCGGUAUAUCCAUAGUGGCACGAUAGUUGUGGAAGGAAAUUGUAGUGCUAUCAUUCAACGCAUCAUUCCACCGAAGCACAAAGAUCCUGGAAGUGUCACCAUCCUGUGUUCUAUUGGUGAGAUUGCAGUAGGCAAGGCUCUCAUUGACUUGGGAGCCAAUAUCAAUUUAAUGCCUCUCUCCAUGUGCUGGCAACUUGGAGAGUUAGAGAUAAGGCCCACUCGUAUGACCUUACAGUUGGCUGAUCGCUCCAUCACAAGACCCUAUGGAGUGAUUGAAGACGUUUUGGUUAGGGUCAAACAUUUGAUCUUUCCAGCUGAUUUUGUAGUGAUAGACAUUGAAGAAGAUGUUGACAUUCCCCUAAUUCUUGGAAGACCUUUUAUGUCUACCAUAAGCUGUGUGGUAGACAUGAGGAAGAGGAAACUACAAAUGGCCAUAGAAGACUAG